CAACUCGGCUUGCCUUGUCGCCAUUUCAUCGCGGCUUCAAUGCACUUCGCCAACGAGGCGGCGCUGCUGGACAGCUUUGACCCGAUCUACAAGGCAACGACAUACGCUGGAGUUCAUCGCAACCUGCGGAUCGAGAUUCCUGCUGGCGGCGACUUGCACAAGGACCAGUCGCUGCUCCCAGCGCUA